AUGUCAUCCAUGGAUCUGAAAUUAGUAAUCCUGUUCCUUUUCCCUGUUGUCAUUGGAAGCCUGGGGAAUCUCAUUCUUUUAUAUCACUUUCUCUGCCUUUACUGCAGGGGAGGCAGGUCCAGGUCCAUGGAUGUGAUUCUCAUGCAACUAACUGUGGCCAACUCCUUGUUCAUUCUUUCCAGAGGAAUCCCACAGAUCCUGGAAGCUUUUGAGAUAGAAGUCUUCAUUACUACCCUUGGAUGCAAACUCCUUUUCUAUGUUUACAGAGUGGCUAGAGGUGCAUCUUUCAGCAUCACCUGCCUGCUGAGUGUCUUUCAGGAAAUCAUCAUCAGCCCCAAAAGCUCCAAGUUUGCAAAACUGAAAGCUAAAACCCUAAAAUACAUUGGACCCUGUGCCAUAAUUUGCUGGGUCUUGCAAAUGCUGCUAAACAUCAGAGUUCCUAUGCUUGUAAGAGAGAAAAGGAACAGUGAAAACAUCUCAAACACUAUAGAUUUUCAUUAUUGCUCAGUGAUGAGUUCUGACAAAGAAAAAUCCUCCAUCUUUGUGGUACUGGAAUUAUCUCAUGAUGUUUUGUGCUUGAGACUUAUGAUCUGGAGCACUGGCUCCAUGGUUUUGAUUCUGAACAGGCACAAGCAGCGAACACAGCACAUUCACAGACAAAACAGCUCCUCAAGAUCUUCCCCUGAGACCAGAGCUUCUCAAAGCAUCCUCCUCCUAGUCUGUGCCUUUGUGUCCUUUCAUGCCCUAUCUUUUAUCACAAAUCUUUGGUUUUCUCUUUAUUACAGAUAUUCUUGGUGGCUGGUUAAAACUUCUGACUUAACCUAUUGGUGUUUCCCUACUGUUAGUCCCUUCAUUUUCAUGACACGUGAGCAGUGUGUGUGCAGGUCCAUGUGGAAAAAGUGA